AUGCCACGUUGCGUCGGCUGGUCCUCAUUAUUCGCCCGAGACCGCUUCUGGACUAUCAAAGUCCUCCUCUUUUCGGUCGUGCUACGACUUGUCGUAGAAAUCGGCCCAGAACUUAAGCUCUUUAUUCGGAUCCUGUCCAUCAUCGCCUGCACCUACGACAUUCUGUGGGCCUUCGGGAUCGUAGGAGCGCCCGACACGACAACCGUAGCCGAACAGCUUGACGACCUGGAAGAGUCAGGCGAAGCAGUCUGGAAGCUGGGAUUACCUCAAACUCAACUGCAGUGGAAGCAAGAAGACGCGGCGAUGGAUUCCAAUGUAGGAAUCCCGGCGUUGGAGAUCGCGAUCGCCGACCUUUGCGUGAACAUAGUCUCCGCAAACUUCGACCUGCAAGAUACGAUCAGCAGCCAGUAUCAACUAGACCUCUGGCGAAGCAGUCUCCCCGGUCUCAUAUUCCUGACGAAGCUGGAUCUCGCUCUGAAACAAAUCAAUGACCGGACCAAGGCGUGCAAAGAGCAUGUCAAGCAGCAAGAGGAUGACGCUUGGCGCCGAGGUCGCAACCGCUGGAAUAAACAUCGUGGCUACCUCGAGAAGGGUGACUAUUCCCAGCCUCCCCCCAGCCUAGCGAAAGGCAAUAAAUCUCCGCUGUCCUCAGUUUACACCGCACUCGAUGAGCCUCGAACCGAACUCACCCACACCGAGGAAACCACCGAAGAGAACACGUUGGAGUUUGAGGGAGCAGGGUCUCUGAGCUGGGAAGAUUACGAAAGCCAGGGAAACGCGAGCCACGAUCCGAUUAAAGCUCAUCGUGAGGUACUGAAGCAACAGAUUGCGUCUGAACGUCAGAAGUGGGCUUAG